AUGGUACAAACAAGAAGAGAAAAUCCUCCAGCAUUCAGGACGUCCCAAACCUCAGAUUCCAACAAGCAACAAGGUGACUGCCUCAGGGUUGCUGCCAUUGGCACUAAGGAGCAGCUGAAGGCAACAAAUGAUGCUGAGGAGAAGCGGUACUGGCGGAGAAGGGAGGAUCAGCUGAGGCAAAACGAGAGCCAGCUGAGGCAAAAGGAGAGCCAGCUGAGGGAAGAAAAGCUUAUCUUACUCAAGGCGCCUGCCACUGCCACUGAUUCUGAUGUGCAAGCUAUCUUGGACCAAGUAUGGAAUAAGAUACAUAGAGCAGAUCGACAACUUCCUAAGCCAAGUCAUUUUAAGGCCAGUUAUCCAGACGUUUGCAAAGGGACGGUUCCUCAAGCUCCUGGCAGUCGCAAACCUUGCCUUCUCUGGCAUUGCCUCGAGGAGCCUUUUCGGGCCUCCAAAUACAUUCUGGAUCAAGUGGAUAUAGCCCGUCCUGGCCUGGUGGUCCUUUUCGAUGUUUCUGGCUCUGGAAAGACUCGAACACUAUAUGAGAUUGCAGUCGACCGUUUGGCUCUGUAUUUUGUUGGUGUUCCUAUGGGACGGAUUGGAUCGGAGGGCUCUGCAGACUUGGAUGCGCUGGUUAGUCGGCUAAUGGUUCUGUAUCCAGGAAACCAGUCAAUUCCGAUGCGCGUGACGCGGUGCUGCUUCAAAGCUGUUCUUCUCAGCAGAUUCUUCAUCUUAGACAAGUUGAAGGAGGUAGCAGGAAGCAUGCCACCUCAGGUUUGGGCCAAGUACUGGUUGUUUAAGCAGGUUGGAUUUGCGUUACUACCCUUCAAGAAUGACCCGUUCUACGUUCUAAGUGAUAGACUACUCGAGUUAGUAUCCAGUGACUGUGGGAUCGAAGAGGUAUUUGAUCGUUUGAUCGAGACACACAAGAGGGACUGGAGUGGGCCGAUUAUACUCGACGAAUGCCAGGUGGUGCAGGACACCUUGGUGAAUAGGUUUGAUUCACCUACAGCUGGGUCAAGAACAAGAUCUCUAUUGGAUGUGUUUGUGCCGGUGUUGGUCGAUGCUGGGUUUCGCACAAGCACGUUCUACUAUUCUGGUACAGGAGGAAGUAUGGUUUCUGUUGCACGCAAUAUUUCUGCUACACUCAAACAGAGAUUUUCAGUUGCAGUGUUCUGUCACUUUGGGGGAUUUUAUGAGGAGGCCGACCUGAAGGAUUAUGCUAGUCGGAUCCUUGAAGAUACAUCACAGGUGGAUUUUCACAGGGUCUUCCAGCUAUACAAGGGGCGGUAUAGGUUUUUCGUUUCAGCAUUAGAAUCGUUUAUCUCUGAAAAGCUACCGCUCAGCAACGCAACUGCUUACUUCGUUGAUACGCCAAAGAGGUUUCUACUACAGAGUACAGGCCAAUGGCAGUUAACACUUUGGGACGGAUUCUAUGGAUUGAAUGCUACGUAUGUUGCUGUCAAGAACCCCAGCUUGAGUUUAAUUCAAUACGGACUAGCGAGGUUGGAUGGCCGUCGGACGCUUGAAAUGCAAGAUUUGGAUUCUUGGAAGGACGAGUCAGACACAGCGAACGUUCUAUUGCGUAUUGAGGAGCCUCUG